CACACUAUAGCCAGUCAGAUCACGACGACCAGCACCUAUACCUACCGCUACCGCCCCCCAGAAGCCGCCCUCCAACUUUCCCUCCACGCUUUCUUUCUUUCGCCUCAAUUCCCGUCUUUCACUUCUCUGCGCCCACAGCCGCACCCGUUUUGCCCCUCCAACCGCGCGCCAGCCUCGCAAUCCCUACCGCCUCAUACUUCUACGCCUCCCAACCCCAGGGACAUAUACAACUCUCCCUCGGGCUCUUACGACAAUCCCACGCCUUUCAAUGCUUUAGUUGCUCUGUCUUGACGGACGCCUGGUGCCUUCUUGUCAAGUCACAUAUCCUUUGCCCGUUCACUUUUCGACAAGCUCUCACCUCAAACACCAACCUUCGAGUCAACGCUACCUUACCAAUUCUCUUCAUCACCAUGUCUUCUCUUCCUCCCGACCCGUGGCAGGUCCUCGGCAUCGCAAAGACGGCAGACAAGACUGAGAUCCGGACAGCAUACCGAAAAUUGGUCCUCAAGUGUCAUCCAGACAAGGUCCAAGAUCCGACUCUGAAAGCUGAGAAGCAAGACGAGUUCCAAAAAGUCCAGCAAGCCUAUGAGCUUCUCAACAACGACGAAGAGAGGGCAAAGUAUGAGCAUCAGGUUCGAAUGAAUGAACUCAACCAACAAAAGGCACGGGCUACCUCAAAGAGCGCGGCUCAUUCCCCAGCUGCUCGAUCAUCUCCCAGGCACAAGGAGUUCGCUUUCACUCAAACGCCAGAGCGUUCCUCUCACAGGACAACGACAUCAAGCAGGGAGAAGAUGUACUUUCAACCCUCGCGCUCUCACGAGGAAGUUCCUACUUCUCGCUUCGCGGACAUGAACUUCAACGAAGAGAGACGUGCUCGUCGAGCAACUAGUUAUGAGAAGCAACCAAGACACGAGGACGAGAGGCCCUCGAGGCGCGAAGAGGAAAAGGCAUCCAGACGUGAAGAUGAAAGGCCCUCAAGGCGCGAGGAGGAGAAACCACUAAGACGAGAAGAGGAGAAGUCGAAGGACAAGCGCAAGGAUGAAGAGGAGAAGAAGGCGAGGCGCCAGAGGGACUUGGAUAGGCAGCUGGAAGAUUUGGCUGAUCCCGGCCGCAAGGCGGAGAAGAAGAAAACCGAUAGGGAACGGGACAGAGUUGAGAAGGAACGAAAAUUGGAGGAGAAAUCCCGGCGGCACAAGGGUCCCUCGAUUGAAGUCAUGGAGGAUCCAGAGGAGCCUCCCAAAUCAGACAAGAAAUCCGCAAGGUCUUCGGGCAAGAAAUACACCGAGACUAAGGAGCGCGAACGGGAUGGUUCCCGCUCCCGCGAGUAUGACUAUGGGCGAGAAAAGUCGGCCUCCCGUCCCGCUGCCGGUCCUGUUGCCGAUGAUCCGCUGGAAAAGGCAAAACUAUAUAUGAUGAGCAAGGGUACCAAAGUUCCUGAACUGGAUCGGAUGCACGACAGAAUUCCGAAGCUGGGGAGAGCCCAAACUUACAGUUACAAGACUGAAGUACCCCGUCCUCCCCAGGCUGACUACGAUGACGAAGAAGUCCCGCGAUCAUCUGCUCGACCCCGUCGAUCCUCCCAGGAGACCCCAGCAAGGUCUAAGGAGAGCCCGCACAUCGUCGAUGCUUCGCCUCGCCUUACUCCGGUCAACGUCAAGGCUUCAAAGUCUCCUGGCGUCCCUCCGCCUCAGGUUUCUCCCUCUCGCCCCCUAUAUCGAUCACAAACGACCAACGAAGUACAUUCUGGGCAUCAAUUUCAUCCACCGCCCAUGACACGGCAUACUACUUGGGCUCCUAGCUCUGACCGACAUUUUGAUAACGUCUACCAUAACGACUCAGAUGAUGAUUACGGCCGCCAUCAUCGUUCACGUUAUGCGGACUCCCCUUCUGAUGGAGUACGGUACAAAGCGGAUGGGGGCAGGAGCUCGAGGCGCGAUGAGCCAACAUACCCCAAGGUUUACUCACGAGCAAAUUCCGCCACACGAGUUGCCCCUGAUCUCUACGGACCUCCACGCAUAUACUCGACCUCGGGUAUGAACGUGAAAGAGGGCAAGAGAUUCGAGCUGAAUGAGGUGAAUUUCUCACCUCUCCCCUACGCCACCAGGCCUUCUCCUUCUCGAGACCAUUCCUACCAAAUCCGCACUUAAGGCAUCUUUAACCCGACAACUUUGUUUUUCUAUUUCUCUGGGCUUCUUUUUCCUUUGUUUUCGGCAGGUGUUUGCAACGGCUUGCAUUGAAUGGGUCAUCGGGGUACGGUGUUUGGUUUGGAUAUCGAUCGGUUGAUUUUCUCCUUUUAUACUACUCAUAUAUGGGGGACGAAACCCGGUAAAGAGACAGUAACGACACGUCUACGUUUCAUACAUCGCAUGAUCUGGGAUUUAUUGGGAUAUGAUUUGGGGCACGAGGUAGAGGACUCAAAGCCAUGACACGGGGAGGAAACGGACGCGUGGGAAACGCGCUGGGACAAAGGUCAAGGAUAGCAUCGGGAAAUGCCGCGCAUGAUGAUGAAGCAAUAGGAAUUGCUUUUCUUGGGGUUCACUUGUUUUUCUCUGUUUUCUGGUUGUAUCUAAGGCACGGGAAUGGCGAUAUAGCGUACCUCAUACAAACAUACCAACGUUUUGGAUGCCCUUGAUCGGACGGGAUC